UGAUCUUCUGUUAUUUUUGUUAUGAUUUCCGGAAAUCUGUGAGAAUUUGAUGAUUAAAGUGGUUUUGAUGGUGCUUCUUUCAGAAAUAUUGUGAUUUGUGAUUUUUUUCGUUACACUACUUCUGAUCCAGAAGCAAAGAUGCAAUUCCUUCUUUGGAUAUUUGUAGUUGAUAAAUGAAUACCAUUAUCCACAUUGAAAAUGGAUGAUAGUACCACCUUCACCAGGAAUAAACCCCUCAGCCAAAUAAAGAAGUUGAAUAAACGGAAAGGAAUCGUAGCACCAUGGCAAAUGGCUCCAUUGAAAGGAAUUUCAUUCAAAUUGGCUCGUGAUAAGACUGAUGAAUCUCUGAUUCGUCAACUACAAAAUGAAUGUGAUAACCCUAACUAUUACCACUUAAUUAAGUUCACAGGAAUAAAAACAUACGAUCGAUUAUAUAUUUUGAAAAGUACACUGGAUUUUGUGUACCCAUCUGAGCUUAUUCCAUGCCAUUACUUUCAAUGCGCUACAGAAGUGCGAUUUCUGGCACGGCGAUGCAAAGAAGCAUUAUUAAAAAUUGUGAAUAAUAAUUUCCAGAUACCACAUUUCCCACAUAAACAUCCCGAAAAUAAUAUCGGAGCUCAUUUUGAGGCUGCGAUAGUUGCUAAUUUUUGUGAAUCAUCCGUGGUAGAAAUUGAUCGGUCUGAAAAUAUCUUAGAAGUAUUGAAAACAAGAUUCAAUAAAGAAACGGGAGUAUUGGAUUUGUCCAAUUUCGCUGCUGAUAAAGGCCUUGAAGAGUAUUGCCCAUUAUUUGAACCAAGAAUGUUACUGUUUGUUACAUUUUUGUCUAACGACUUAGAAAAUGUAAAGGAAUUAAAUUUGAAGGAUAAUUGCAUUAGGCACAUCACAUGUAUGGAUGUGCUUAAAGAGUCAAAAGUAGAAACCGUUGAUUUGUCGCAUAAUAAGAUUGAACACAUUCAAGACAUAAAAGGGAUAUCAGAUGCACCUUGUAUAAAGAAUCUCAAACUGGAGCACAAUCCACUGUGUAGCAAUUAUGAAAAUUAUAAUUAUGUUGUCGAUGUCAAGAAUUUGCUACCUAAUCUUAAGACACUGGAUGGGGAUGAUGUAUCAGCCACGCAAUUCAAGAAGAACUUCAUCUGCCUACCUCAUGCUCACGACUUGGCGGAUCAAUUCAUGAAACAUUUUUUCACGAUCUACGAUUCGGAAGAGCGUGAAGAUUUGAAAGAUCUUUACGAGGAGGAUGCUUUCUUCUCUGUAAAUGCUCGAGUGAUUCCUUUCCAGAAGAGCUCAUGUUCAGUUAGAUUGUCACACUAUGGCUACAAAUACCCCUUCACAGUACAAUCGAGAGGGGACAUUAUAAAGCUCUUCAAAACCUUUCCAAAGAGCCAACAUGAUGUCUAUACGUUCGUCUGUGAUCUCGUAAUCUUUACGCCCAAGUGCGCAGUGAUAACGGUGGGCGGCAUCUUCCAAGAGCUGGACCAGGUCCUCGGCUUCAGCAGGACGUUCGUGCUGAAGUACCUGAAAGGCUCGUACACGAUAUCGAACGACCAGAUGACCGUCUCUAACGUGACAGACUACCAGCUAGGAUGGAGCUUUUCGUUCCCGUUGAGGACGACGUAUUUCGGGAACCUGUUGCCGUUCUAUCCAGAACAAUACGAGGCCGUUGGCGAGCUCGCGCAGAAUUUGUGCAAGCUAAACCUGAAGUACUCCAAAUUGCUCCUGGAAUACUGCGAGUACGAUGUUACGAAAGCUCUCUACCUGUUCAGCGAACUAUUCAAGAAAAACUUGCUGCCCGAGGAAGCAUUCCAACGGCAGGAGGGGGAAAAGACGGAUAGCGACAGAAAAGAAGAUGUUUUUCCUUAUUUUGCCUCCAUUACGCAGAAGUCUCUUGAAGAUGCUAGCCAAGCGUGUACGCACAGCGUAUGGAGAGUUGUCAAUACUAAUAGGUUCCAACGAUCCGACGACCAGCUGCCAAAAGCUCCGACGGACAUUGUUAAAAUUGCAAGAUCCGUGAAGCCGAGAAGUCUUGAUCAACAUUCGUCCAUCGUAACUCUCAGCGAUGAUCACGAUGAGUCAAAUGUCGUCAAAGAUAUGCCGGAUCAAAGUUCGCAAUGUAUAAACUCGUGUAAAGUUAUUUCGCACGAUACAAGCAGUGAUACUAGCGCCGUGACAAUGCCCAGCUUACUCCCAGUCGCCUCAUAUAGUGCGUUUACCAUUUUCCCCGCACAAGUGCCAGAUCCUUAUAUUAUUUCUCAUUGUAUACAGAAACGCAUACUAGAAAUAGCUAACGAAAAAACGUAUCAAUCACCUGCUUUCAAUCCAGAUAGUCCGGACAAACAACCUCCUCAAUUAACCACAAGCGCGUCGUCGCCAUCCGAUAUUUCUAAUGAUAAGGAUACAAAGUUAACCGAGCCUUGCUCUUAUAUUAGACAAGUGCCUGAUCCCAAUAUUAUUUCUCCUUGUAUACAAAAACGCAUACCAGAAACAGCCAGCGAAAAACCGUAUCAAUCACCCGUUUCUAAUCCAGACGGUGUUGGGCACAAAGAACCGCCAUCGCCAUCCGAUAUUUGUAAUGAUAAUGGUACAAAGUUACCCGAGCCUUGCGCUUAUAUCAGCAUCGAUGAUGAUGAUGAUCCUGUGGUCUGUAACAUUGACAACACUUGCAAUUCUGAUAAGGCAGCUGACAGUGCGAGGAGUCAGGCAACUGAGCCAUCUACGAUUGUCUCAUGCUCAAAAUCUCACGCUGGGUCUCAGCUGAUAGACGCGAUUAUUAAAGAAAAAGAAAUUGCUACACUGUGCGCGUAUAAAGCCGAUGAAGUUGAUAGCAAAGCAGUCGAAUCGGUGCAACCGCCUAGCUCAACCUUAACCCAAUCAGAAAUAGACCAAUUGUACAAAAAGUUGAACAAAAACUCGUUUCCUUGGUUAGACCUUAAUCACACUAGGAGAUUCAAGUAUCUUUUACGCAAAAGAUUAGCCAAUAGAAAACUGUGCGACACCGUUACGGACGGCUUAAAACGCAAACAGGUAUGCGAGCUUUUAGACGAAGUACUUACUCCGAACAGACUGCAAGCGUUGUAUUUUGACGGAUAUUUGGCGAAGGAUCCGCACUUUUUGGUACAAGGUAGCCCGAUCGUCAACGCUGAGAAACAUCUUAGUAGAGUUGAGAAAGAAAGGUUGCAGUGGUUCCUGGACAAAAACUUGAUCAGCAAAAACUAUCACGAAUAUUUAAAGAAGGUGGAUAUAAAGAAUAUGACGUCAGAGCUUUUGUCCAAUGCAAGAUUGAAACAACUAUUCGAACAGGGAUAUUUGUUGAGAAAUCCUAGGUUAGUACCUGGGGAGGUUAUGGAUGAAGACACCUGUCGUCGCGGAAGGUUUUUCCAAACGCUGUUCAAGUUUCUGAUGUUGGGUCCGUACAAUCGAGAAAUAUAUAAAUACGGAAAGAUGUAUCUCACCGAGUACAUGCCGUACAGGUACGACGAGGUUCGGUUAGCUGCCGAGCACGCUGUACAUAAAGGAGUACCGACGCGCGACGUGCUAGGAAUACUUGAUCGCGAACUCAUGUUUAAGAAUACGACCGAACUAAAAAAAGUGCUGGUUAAAACGACAAAAAGCGACGAAGUUUCCAACUCGUCGAGAAAACGCACGAGAAACCGGGACAUCGAUGAAUCUCCAUCCAAGAAACUCAAACUUCAUGAAAAGCCAACUCCCGCUGCUCCAACAGAUACGAUGGUAUUGGAAGAUGUUGAAGAGAAAGAAACAUCAGACAUUUGCCUCGCUUUUGCUCAAAAAGUUCAUCACACGUUCACAGCACAGGAACAGCAUAUUAUCGCAGAUCUUAAUCUCGUGCAGAAACACAGAUUACAGUGGUUGCUAGAUCACGAGCUUUUAGGAAAGAAAUACUUUAAAUAUCUGAAACGAAAAAAUGUGAAUUUCAUUACGAAAGCAAGGUUAACCGUUAAAAGGUUAUGGGUCUUGUUUACCUUGGAAUGGUUAAUCAGAGACCCUGCGUUCUUAUUCGACGAGAAAGGUAAGCGUAGCGUCGCAGCGGAAAGGACGAAUUUCUCAUCAAGCAUCUACGGCAAGGGGCCGAUAAUAUCCCAUAGUAAAUAUUGCCAAAAGCUUUAUAGAUACAUAAAAAUGAAACCGCAACGUAGAUGUCGCAAUUGCUUUGGAAUAAAGGACUAUUUAAUAGAGUACACGCCAUAUAGACUCUACGAACUUAUUUGCACUGUAAAGUACGCGUUAUCGAACAAACACAGUUGGAGUGAAAUAUCGUCUGUGUUAAGCGGCGACGGGCUAGUUCAAAACAUAACGGAUCUAGAAAUUAAAGUUUUCGGAAUUCAACAACCGAUAACCGAAAACGCCUUAACGGCUCCUGAAAAUAGCACUGGUCAAAAUGAAACCUCGAUUCCUGACGAUUUGAAGAACGGUAGCGAUUUUGAAAUAGAAGAUAUUGGUGCUGAAGAAGACACUUUAGAUCCAUCGUUAUUCUUGAAACCGCGCAUAAAACCACAUAAGCGAGAAGCAACGAAAAAUAAAAUGCAACUGAUGGUAUAUAAAAAAGAACAUACAAUUCCUGAAAGAGAUCAACAUUCAGAGGAUCAAAUUUGCAUUAUUCGAUAUGAAAAGUUAUCUGGCGAAGAACUCGAUUUCGCAGAUACAACGCUUUCUCAAACUGAUGAACAAAUUAUUACUGAUCAUUGCAAACACCUCAAUGAAACUCAGAAGGAUCGGAUACGUUGGCUUCUGCGUCAUAAUCUUCUAGGUAAAAAGUGCUACACAUACUUGAAACCGGACAGCUGGCGCUUCAUAUCGUCAAAAACUAUUUCUAUGUUCAGAUUGUGGGACUUGUAUAGGUCCAAAAAAAUUAUCAGAUAUCCCGGAUGUUUGUUCAAAAAGAACUUACCAUUAGACAAACAAAAGAUUCUCUUGCAUAGCCAUGAAUCUGGAUGUAAUGAUGCCGUUGCGCAUUUUUACUCGAACGGCUCAGGGGAUCAGUUGUUCAGAAAGCUACUCAGAUAUCUCAAGGGACAGGAAGUAGCUAAAGUACGAAACUACAUGUUAGAUUAUGCCCCGUAUAGGUACAACGACCUCGUAGCAGCCGUAAAAGCGAUGACCCUUGCUUCUGAAACAUUCGCUUUGACUGAAGUAUCUAAAAUCCUUGAAGAAGAUCGAUUGAUAGGAAGAGCCGAUGAAUUUGAACGCGACGUUGAUCAGUUACAGCAUGUGGAAAAAUCGUGUGAUGUAUGUAGGAUGCGCGAUCGUAAUGAGAAUGACUCCAAAGACUCGGCAACGUGCCGCCAAUACCUUAGUCUGGAUCUAGAAGACAUUAGUGAUGACGAAUUGCCUGUUUUGCCGAAGGAAGUAACCAGCACAUCAAAUGUUCUUGCCAAAGAAACAAGUCUUGAUAUGAUGAAUAUAACGACGUCUGAAUUUCAUGCUGACGUGGCAAAUGCAAGUCUCGUUCAUUUUAAAGAAAAUGCUGCUGAAGUAAUGACAAACCUUGAGAGUAUAAGUGAGCAAACGUCUGAAGUUCCUGCAAACGCACCGAGAAGACGCAGAAAUCCGGCAGGCAAGCGAAGAAAGGGCUGGACUGAUAUACAAUUACCGAUAAUAUCAGCUGAUGCAAAUGAGAUCAAUAUGAAACUGAACAGCAAUAACGAAGAGGUUUCCUGGUUGCAACGCGUACCUAUUUCAACGGCCGAGUGGUGCGAGAUUUUGCCCGAAACUGAAAGUAAUUCGACGACGUUGACAGAACGCGACGUUACUACUUUCUCGAGUUUGACGAAUGGGGACACGAAACUGAGAUGGUUGGUUGAAAAAGGAUUUCUCAGUGAGAGAUACAAACGCUAUUUCUACAUUAGUGCGAUGAACUCUUUGACCGCAUGCAAUGAUUUGUUCAGUCUGUGGAGUAGCUUCAAGAGAGGAUUCUUAAUAAGAGAUCCAACUGCGAAAAUACAUACGAAUUUUCACAAACUGUAUGGUAGCCAUGUUUAUAAAUUCGAUGUGAAUACAUUUAUGCAGAAACUGGAUAUUUUUCUUCAAAGUAUAUUACAAAACCAAAACCAUACGAAAUCUAAAACCCACGUGAAGAACUAUCUGUCGGAAUAUAUACCGUACAGACGUAUUGAAGUUAUUGCGUAUCUUAGAGAUCGUGCGUUGGGUAAAUUUGAUUGGACUGGAAUUUCAUAUGUUUUGGCUCAUGUACUGCCUCAAGAAGCGCUGUAUCAAACGAAAUGUGAUCUAUAUGGAUUCAAGGAUAAUGUAGAUAAGGUGACGGAAUUGAAUAUGCAUUCACUGAAUUUGAAACGAAGAGACAUUUUUAAAUUCGUCCAUUUAGGCAGUAGAUACAAAAAAUUAAAGUGGUUGGUAGAAAAUGGAAUCAUGAGUGAAAAUUGCUUUAUCUAUUUUAAUUUUGAUCAAAUAGCAUCGUUAUUAGGCACGUGUAAUUUUUUUGAAUUGUGGAGUUCGUUCAAAGAGGGAUUGCUUGUAAAAGAUGCUACCAUAGUGUUUUCAUCCGAGAAACAUAACAAGUUUCGACGUCAAGCUGGAGACCGAUUGGAUGCAGUAAACGGGAAUUACAUUUACAAGACCGAAUAUAACAUUUUCUUACAAAAGCUCAAUGAUUUUGUUCGUAGCAAACUACAACCAAAUCACUCUGCAGAUACAGCGUCUUUAAAGCGAUAUCUGAUCGAAUAUAUACCAUACAGACGCGCCGAGGUUCUAGCGUUCCUACAACACGCAAUCAGUGAACUUGAACUCACGAACAUCCUAUCCGUCAUGGCUGAAAUAAUGCACGAAAAAUACCUCGCAGAAAUCAAACGCGAUUUGCGCAAAAUCAUGAAGAAAAAAACAAGUUUCAGCAGUACCAAAUCGAUCGCAGUUCAAAGUGAACAAAGUAAUAUGCAACCUGUACAGUGCCAAAAAACACCUUGGAUGUGUGAAACUGCUGCAAAUACGUUAGAUCACGUUUUCAGUCUCGGUAACUUGGAACAGGAUAGAUUAAGAACUUGUCGGAAGGGAAUAGAUGCCGAUGUUGAAAAUGACAUGCAAAUUGUGCCUUAUUUUGCUAGCCCAUGGAUAAAUGUAAAUACACGUGACAAGCAGGGAGAAUCGACUCCAAGGGUAAACGCAAAUACGCAAGUAGUUGAGAUUGUGGGAAUUACGCCCGAGAAACAAAAUAGUCGAGCUACACAGAAAAAUUGGGAAACGAUUGAUGAAGACUCUGUGGAAGAGGAAGAAAUGGCUGUUUUGCAAUGCCUUAAUGAUGUUCAGAGAGAUAGACUUCGUUGGUUAUUGGCGCAAAAGCUCCUUACCAAACUAUAUUACAAACUUUUUUCUAUCAAACAGAUUAGAGUCAUUACAUCUAAGGCGUUGUGCUUAGAAGAACUCUGGCACCUUUUUCGCUUAGGAUUUCUUUUAAGAGAUCCCGAAUUUUUAUUUAAAACUAGUCUGUCAUUAGAUAGACGAACAUCGUACAAACGCAGAACGCCAUUUAGUGGGAGGCUUGCCUGUUUUUUGAGAUUAGCUAUUAAUCCAGCGAAACAUAACUCUAGGUAUUACACAUUGCGAAGUUACAUGUUAGAAACGGUACCUUAUAGAUCAGACGAAGUGGUACGAUUAUUGAGAAGUUGGAUUCCAAGUAAGAAAUGGAACGAGCUUUCACACGUAUUAGAAAACGAACUUACCAUACGUAACGUUAACGAACUAAAAAGUAGAGUUUACUCUCCCACAUGUGUUGAAGAACUUGAAAGUACCUUCAACAUUAUUCUUCUCGAAAAACCGAAUCCUGAUUAUGAAAUAGAAAGCGGCAUCUAUCGUCCCUCGGUUACGGAGGAUAUAGGCGUUGACGAAUCAAAUGUAGGAACAGCAAGUCCUUACGAAUCUACGAGGAUUAAAGGGAACGACAGAGGGCUCGAGUUCCACAGGUUAAAGAACAAUGGACACAAUAAAAAUAACAUGCAGUUGGUGCCCUACUAUCAAACGUCAGACCAAAAAUGUCCUCCCUUAGAUUUGCCUGGGAAACAGUGUAAUCGACCUCGAAAGGAAACGAUGGAAUGCAACAGCAUGGAAGAAGAAGAAAUCGCUGUUUUGCAGUGUCUCAACGAAUUGCAGAAAGACAGACUCGGUUGGUUAUUGGAACACAAGCUGCUCAGUAAAUUAUAUUAUAAGCUGUUCCCUUUAAAUCAGGUCAGAUCCUUGACAUCUGAGCCGUUAUCUUUGGAAGUUCUCUGGCACAAUUUUCAUCUCGGAUUGCUUUCAAGAGAUCCUGAGCUUUUAUUCGAAACUCAUCUACAAUUACGUAGACCUCCGGCAUACAGACGCAAAACACCGUUUAGUAGAAAGCUUAACAGUUUCCUAAGAUUAGCCCUUAAAUCAGAAGAUGACCCCAGUUGUGGCAUUUUGCGAAAUUACAUGCUAGAAACUGUGCCUUAUAGACCAGACGAAGUCGUAAGAUUACUGAGAAGUUGGAUUUCAACUAAUAGAUGGCGCGACGUGUCGCGUAUAUUAGAAGAGGAACUUUCCAUACGUAAUAUUAAGGAGCUGGAAAGCAGAGUUUACUGGUCCGCAAAAGUGGAAGAUCCAAGCAUCGAAGCUGAGAGUUCGUUUAAAAUUUUUAUUCCCGGGAGUCUGAUUGCUCCUGUCAAAGCCGAAAGCGGUAACGUGCAAACGGACGAUGAUACUAAAGACAUUGACGUCGGAAACCAAAACACUAACACUUUUGAUGGCUGGAGUCUUGGAAUCAAUUGUCCGGAAAGUAAUUGCCAAGAUGAAAAAAGAGGCUUAGAUUCGACCACUUCUUGUACCACAGAUGACUGUGAUUAUAAGAACGGCGAAAAAGCGAAUUUUCAUCCAGAAGAUACAUUGGAAAAGCAUCGCGAUAUUGUUGUAUCCCUAAACGAUGACAUGAAAAAUGCCGCAGUCAAAAAUGACAUGCGGAUCGUCCUUUACGCUCCUCCUUCUUGGAGAGUUUCAGAUCAGAACAAUGUUUUGAAUGACUCACGUCACCAAAGGAAAUUACCUAAACAGGCAAAAUCGGAGACAAGAGAAUUUGAUAAUAGGGAAGAAGAAGAAAUUAACGCUUUCCGUUGCCUAAAUGAAGUGCAAAGAGAUAGACUAAGAUGGCUAUUAGAAAAACAGCUGCUCAAUAAGACAUGUUAUAAGUAUUUUACUGUCACUAUACUCAGAAGCAUUACAUCUACAGCGUUAAAUUUAAACAACCUCAGGUGUUAUUAUUUAUGUGGUUUUAUAAUAAGAAAUCCAGAGUUUCUCUUUGAAACCGAUCUGCCGUUGGAGCAGCUAACGUAUCUACCUUUGAUCGAACGUCAUAGAAGGUUCUUCAGCAGAACGUUUAACAAAUUCGUAGACUACGCCGUGAAUUCUAAAACAGCCCUUCCCAGUUACAAAAUUUUACAGAAUUACCUGUCCGAGAACGUAACUCAUAGGUUAGAUGAAGUUGUCAAGUUACUCAGGUUUUGGUCUACAAAACAUCCGUGGAGUACGUUGUCAAGGAUUUUGGAACAAGAACUUUCUGUGCGCAAGAUUCAGUACCUGGGCAGCAGAGUUUUUUGUUCUGCAAUUGCAGAAAACACUGUUGUAAAGGGAGGAGCGAGCGACGAAAGGUCAAACAUUGUUACAGAAAAACUCGAUAACAAGCUCGUAUUUAAUAACAGUCAUAAUGAUGCUCAAAGUGUAGUUGGUUUUGAAUGCAGGCCUCUACAAAGCAAUCGCAUGCAAAUAGUACCUUAUUUACCUCGUCCAUGGGAAGCGCUAUUUCAAAAAAAUCUGCUCGUAGAUUCACGUAAAAAGCACGGCGAAUCAAGUCAUCGGAGAAAUUCCAAAACUGUAGAAUUCGAAACUACGUUAGAGAGUGAAACCGUUUUCGCUGGAUCGCUGAACGAGUUGCAAAGAGACAGACUUCGUUGGUUAUUGGAAAAAAAUCUCAUUAGCAAAUCAUACUAUAGAUACUUUUCUGAAAGUGAACUUAAAACUAUUACAUCUACAGCGUUUUCUUGGGAAAAUCUGUGGUCUUAUUUUGGCUAUGGAUUUCUUAUGAGAAAUCCCGAAUUUCUCUUUGAAACCAGUCUACCUUUGACAAAACUGUCAUUUCUGCCGUUUAAAAAAUCUCAAUCGUCGUAUAGGUCGGAGACGCUGUUUCGAGAGAAGUUUAACCGUUUUUUUGGAGCAGCCUUACGAAACGACACAAAGACAUAUCACGACGUUGAUCUACGGAAUUACGUCUCAGAAUAUGUAACGGAUAGAUACGAAGAACUUGUGUUGUUAUUGAGGUUUUGGUGCGAGAAGUUUACUUGGAAUGCGAUGUCACCUAUAUUGGAAAACGAGCUGUGUAUGAAGAACGUUAAGGAACUAGAGGGCCAAGUUUGCUGCUCGGAAAAUAGAGAAGAUGCUACGCAUAUAGGCGGAGAAAUUGAUGACAUAGCUAGUGAUGAGGCUGAAAUAAUUAGUGACCUUGGACAUAGUAGAUACUCGAACGAUAAAGGGAUUGACACAAAUUGUAUGCAUUUGGUGCCAUACGUGCCUUGUUUGUGGAAUAUAACUAAGAAAACAGCAGAACAAACGGCAUCUGCUGAAACUAAUGAGGAUAUUGAAUUCCAACUACCUACUGAAGGGGUCAGCCAUCUCAGUGAAUUAGAAAAAGACAGAUUACGGUGGCUUUUAAAUGAGAAACUAUUGAGCGUAUCAUUUCACAAGUACUUUUCUGCGGCCGAAGUAAAAUACAUAACCAAAUACCCGCUCACAUUGUAUGUUUUGUGGUUUUUGUUCGAAUACGGUUACAUUGUUAAAGAGCCUGGAUUUUUAUUUGAAGCAAGCAUUUGCGUUGGGCAACAACGUGCCAUGGCACGUAAAUUGUUCGGUAAAUACAACACGAACCAAUUCAGACGGAAAUUUGGAAGUUAUCUUGGUCUGAGCAUGAAGACGUCUAAUAACGCAUUGAAUAAUCAUAGAACUUACGUCCUGGAAUAUGCCCCACACAGAUAUGAAGCGACCAUAAGUUAUUUGAAGCAAUAUCGCGUAUUUACGAAACAUCCCUGGGAGAAGAUUUCAUCUAUAUUGCAAAAUGACGGUGUAAUAGUUAAUAUAUCGGACUUGGAAGUAAGUCCUUUCGGGUCGAAUGAAUCUUCUGGAAAACAAACGGCAGGACAAAGUGAAAUUGAUAAAGCCAGCCAACAGCCGUUCACUAUCGAUAGAACCGAAGAACCUGAAUUGGAUGACGAUGCCCCUGAAGUUAGUGGUGAAGCUCCGAUCGUUGUGGAGUCAGAGAACGCGGAUAAGAAAAAGUCAAAGAGAGGCAGAAAACCAAAGAGUAAAAAAAAUGCAAGAAAACGAGCACCGACCGCAGACAGAAACGAUUCCUUGAUUAAAAAACCUAAAUUGAAUGAGAACUCAUCUGCAAUUAGUAAUGAAGCAAACGCGAAACCAAAGAGUAUCGAGAAUCCAGUAAAACGACUUUCCACUACAACCGUGAAAAAAGAAACGAGAGGCAGAAAACCUAUCAGUGCAGAGAUUGUGAGGAAAAGGAAAAUACAUAAAUAUUUAGAAUCUUUGAAGAGAAAAAUGGGGAUGACGGCCCUGAAGGCACCCAUAGUUGCGGUUUCACCUUCCCAGCAAGAACCACACGAGGAAGAUGAUGUGUUCGAGGAAUUUAGGGAGCUCGAUAACUCAAGCUGUGAUACUAAAAGCUCUCCCAAAACAGAAUUCAUAGACUGCAACAGCUCAUCCGGAGAAGCUUUAACAGUUGAUCAACGAUUAUCUUCGGAGGAAACGAACAAAAGGCAGACCGUUGACUAUGAUCCCUUAGCAGCUAGACAUGGAGAAAAUGUUAGUGAUAUCAGAGAAAUGCAACAAAAGAAGAAAUCGGAUAUUAACGAUUUUGUUGUAACUAGAACAUAUUUUUUCCUUGACCCUAGUAUGACAGACACGAACAAUAUCAAAAGUCGAUCAAAAACAGCACAUUUCAAAAUGAAUGCUGAUAGUACUUCUGCUAGGGUCAACGUAGGCACGAAACUGGGAUUUUCGAAAACAGACGUAAUCGAAGUUGAAGAUUCUGAUUCUGAACCUAGCAAUACCGGCAACAAAUUUAAGACUACCUUAAAUACAACUACAACUAAAAAGACGAAUGAAACGGAAGACGUUUCCAUAGUUAUACCUGAUGAUUCAGAUGCUGAAGAAAAUAGUAAUACUACUAAGAGCAAAACGAAAAAUUACAGGUCUGCUAAGAACAAUAUACUAAUGGUAAAUGAUAGCAGUUCGUAUUCUGAGGCAAGUGAUAAUUUUAUUGGAAAUAAAUCUAGAAGUAAACGAAGAACGGAAUUAAUGUCGGUAAGUAAAAUAGAAUAUGUCGAUGCUGAUGGUGGUUCUUAUAAAACCAGAGCAAAACUACGACAACGCAGCGCAAGGAAGCCUACCAAAAAGUUGACAAAGGACCUUGUAGUCAAAAUUGAAAAUGCCGAGAAGAUGAUCAGGAAAGCACUUUCCAAACAGAGUAGUAAAAAACCGAGUGCAUCGAAGAAAGCUCCUCCGAAAUCAAAGAAAUCUAAUACAGAUGAUGUUAAAAUCAUAAAUAUUGACAGCAGCGAAAGUGGUGAAGAAAUUAUUAAGGAAGUGGAAACUUUUCUGAAAGGUUCUGAAAAGAAAAGAAGAAAACGUAAACUAGUUAGAGGAGAUAGAAAACUAGAAAAUAAUGCAGUAGAGCCUAAAGUGUUCCAAAAUGACGUUCAAGUUUCACCAGCAGUAGUCGAAACAGUCAAGGCUGAAAGGAAAAGAUACACGUUACGCGUGAGGAGCUUGGAGGAAUUAACGAGCGGUAGCACUUCACGGAAACGUGAACUUGAAGUCGAUCGAGCUCAGGAAGAUCGCCACUUCAAUAAGAAGGCCAAAACGGGAGACAACUUGCCGGGGAUCAGCGAGGUGAGGCAGUCGGAUGAAGUUGUCAUAAUAAACGGAGAAGUAGUCUCAUUCAGAUAAUACGCUACAAUGUUAUAAUACAGCAAAAAGGACGGUGCUAAGAAGAAAUAAGCGUGGAAACUGCAGGUGACAUAGCAAAAAUAUCGCAUUUUGAAUUGAUUCGCUUUUGUAAGAGCACUGUUUCCAGACUUUACCGUUAAUUUUGUGUGCAGGUCAAAUUUUGUUCUCAUACAUUCUUUGCACCUGCCAUAUACCGAGCAUUCAAAUUCAAAUUCAUAAUAUUUAUUUCGUCAUGAAUAAACAUCAUAAUCAAAGAAAUUCUACAUAUAGAGUAAUGACGAAAAAGGACAGUCUCUCGAUUAUAAAACCGAUACAUUGGACCCUUUAAUACAAAGAGUCCACGCGAGAAAGCCCUGACUACCCUAAAAGUCCUUAAACAAAAUAAAAAAACAAUAAAGAGGCAAAUGAAGAGGCGGUGAAACACAAAAAAGGCAAAAACGAAGAAGGAACUCCCGGGAGCUGGCAACGGACGCGAAAAACGAAUCUUCCUUAAUAAUAUGGAAAUAUAUCCGAUGCAUAUAGAAAACAAGGAACUAAUGAUGCAGCAACAUAUAAUAAAUAUCCUCAGAGCUCCUUUACGAAGUUACUAGCCCCUAAAAGACGCUGGUAUUCAUUGUUUGUGAAACUUUUGACAGCAUAGUAACCAGCACAAACAGGAUAUUUUCAUUCGUAAAAAAUGUACUUUGAUACCAAUGACAUGAGCCGUUUUUGAACAAAGUCUUACUUAUCAACUGGUGCCGAUUCCGCAGUAAUUCUCACAUAUUCGUAAUCAGUAGACCGAUAAGGUCUUAAAUGUUUAGACCACUCGAGUUUCAUGUUUUUAAAGAACCAUUUGGUGAUCGGCCGUAGCAUUUGUUGAUGGGGAUAGUAGACGUUUCAAUUCACUUUUUCAGCUAAUGUUUCCAAGAAUAUCAUUUUUGAAGAUUCUAUAGGGUGUAAAAGAUAAUAUUGUGUUGCUAGUCCAUCCUUCGCGAUAUAAAUGAAUUAAUUGCUUAACGUAUGUCCUAAAAGUUUUGGCACAAAAUAUUUAUCGUUUUUUUUUUAUGAAGAAAUUUAUUUAACCCUUUGUCUCCUGAAGGUACUUCUAAGUACCACAAAAUUACCGUACCCUCAAAUGCCAGAAGUCGAAAUCAUGUAUUUUUCAUUAUACCAUUUGAAAUCUGUUACUGUUUUAGUUCAAGCUAUAAAUAGGUCUGAAAGUGACCGCAGCAAAAUAGCAUUUUGACAUAUUUCUGUAAGUCGUACUACUAAGUAUCUUUGGUAGUCACACUAUGUCAGAAAAUAAAAAAUAAAAUAAUUAUAAUUUUUUAUUCAUUAGAUAAUACACUAGAUUAGAUUAGAUUCAUAGAUUAGAUUAUGAUACAUCAUGGUAUAGUGAGAAAACUCCCCAUGUAGAACAUAUGGAGUGUGGUUUAGAUUGAAUUCCUUGAGCACUACACAUUUCACACCGUCCACGUCUUUCAACGAAUUCAGGCCAGUGGUUUCCUCUGUUUCCUAAUCGUAUUUCUGACGUUACACUGUAGUUGUAGCGCCUUUUUCUGGGAGUCGAUCCUGAGUUUGUAGAUUUUCUCUUCCUUUCAGUGAAUUUUGCUACAUAACCCAAGAGUCACUUCUCUUCUAAAUGAUACAAGUGUCAUUUUUGGUUCAUUUCUUGCUUUUUUGUAUAAGACGUAUGCGUUCACAAAAGUUAUUUCAAGACAGUCCCAAAAUAUACGGUGCCACCAUUUCUUUGAGCGCCUAUCAAUACCAUAACAUUGGCGUAGUUGAUCAUGGUAAUCUACUCCUCCGAUAAAUUUGUUAUAGUCUUCAAGAAUUUGAGGUCCACUGAUCCAGCAAGUCGUGCCAUCUCUUAGCUUUCUCUUUAUUUGAGUAGUUUCAGUGCCAUGAAAAUUAGACGCAAAUGUAACUAGUUUAUUAUCUUUCCAUUUGUAUAAAGUAAUGCCAGUAUUUGAAGUUUUGUGAUCAAAUUCACCUCGCUUCAAACUUUUAUCAUUUGUCAUUCCUUAUUUUCUUCCAAAUUCGCUGAGGUUCAUUUUCUUGUUCAUUACACUCUUCAAAUUGUUGUGGUUGAAUUUCUUGCUCUUCAGCCUCCAGCUGCAGAUUAUCUUGAACUUCUUUCUCAUCAGAAGCAGGUUCAAUGUCUGUCUCUAUAUUAUUAUCUAAUGGUAGAAAAUCGUCUAAGUCAUCAUUUUCCACUAAUUCCAAUAACGCAGCAUCAGUUAGUGGACGCUUUCUUUCCCAAUUUGAUGACAUUCUGCAAAAAUGAAAUCAUCAACAUAACCUAGUACCAACGGUACUUGUAAGUACCAAAUAAAUAAUGACGUAUAUGGGUGAAUAUCAGGUAUUUGGGUUUUUAGUGGUACCUAAGAAAAAUUACUCAUUUCAGUUUCAUAUUCAUUACCUCUUAAGAUUAUACUAUUUGUGAUGCAUCUUUGACAGGAC